AUGGAAACAGACGCCGAAAAAAAUAUUGCCAUUUGGAAGGUUAAGAAGUUGAUCAAGUCUUUGGAAAAGGCCAGAGGUAAUGGUACCUCUAUGAUUUCGCUUGUAAUCCCACCUAAGGGCCAGAUCUCGAUGAUCCAACGAAUGCUUACAGAUGAAUAUGGUACGGCAUCGAAUAUCAAAUCCAGAGUUAAUCGUCUGUCGGUUUUGGGUGCCAUCACAUCAACGCAGCAAAAGUUGAAGCUGUAUACAAAAGUGCCACCAAACGGGCUUGUGCUGUACUGUGGUGAUAUAAUUACGGAAGAAGGCAAGGAAAAGAAGGUGACGAUAGAUAUUGAGCCUUACAAGCCCAUCAACACUUCGCUGUAUCUUUGUGACAACAAAUUCCACACAGACGUUCUCUCGGAGCUGCUGGAGGCCGAUGACAAGUUUGGUUUUAUUGUGAUGGAUGGUCAGGGAUCUUUGUUUGGUCUUCUGUCAGGUAACACCAGGACCGUUUUGCACAAAUUUACAGUAGACUUGCCAAAGAAGCACGGAAGAGGUGGUCAAUCCGCUGUUCGUUUCGCCCGUCUUAGAGAAGAAAAGAGGCAUAACUAUGUUAGGAAAGUUGCUGAAGUAGCGGUGCAAAAUUUUAUCACCAAUGAUAAACCUAACGUUAAAGGUUUGAUUUUAGCUGGUUCCGCUGACUUCAAGACCGACUUGGCGAAGUCUGAGCUGUUCGAUCAGAGGUUAGCUACAAGAGUUGUUAAAAUUGUCGACAUUUCUUAUGGUGGUGAGAACGGUUUCAACCAAGCCAUUGAGCAAUCUGCUGAAGCAUUGGCCAACGUAAAGUUUAUCCAGGAAAAGAAGCUGAUUACAGACUACUUUGACGAAAUUUCCCAAGAUACCGGUAAAUUUUGUUACGGUAUCGAUGACACCCUCAAGGCUCUCGAUUUAGGUGCUGUCGAGACUCUGAUCAUUUUUGAAAAUCUCGAAACAAUCAGAUAUAUUUACAAGGAUUCUGAAGACAGUGAAGUUCUGAGAUUUGCCGAACCUGAACAAGAAGAUAAGUCUUACAACAUUGACAAGGCUACAGGCUUGGAGAUGGAGGUAGCUGAAGAACAACCGUUGGUUGAGUGGCUGGCAGAAAAUUACAAAAACUAUGGUGCAAACUUAGAGUUUGUCACAGAUAGAUCCUCAGAAGGUGCGCAAUUUGUGACUGGGUUUGGUGGUAUUGGUGCUAUGCUACGUUACAAAGUUAACUUUGAGCAGCUUGUAGAGGAGUCUGAUGAUGAGUACUACGACGAGGAUGAAGGCUCUGAUUACGACUUCAUCUAA